AUGGCUCGGGAUAAGGUCGUAACGAAUGGUUCCAUUCCAUCCUCCUUCCUUCCUUCCUUUUGGACCGGAAAUUCUCUGCAAGAGGGGGUUUCUGUCAAAAAGAGUAGAGAAAAAAAAGCUCAGCCGCUUAGGUUAGACGGAUGCGGGGCAGUUCUGGAUCGGGCGGUUCCGCCGCGGACAUUGGACAAGAAGCUGAUUGGCCGGGGAGACUGGCAAAGGUUGUACCGGGAACGGACCAAUGGGCGGUGGGGACUGAUGGGGGUGGGGUCUGAACGCGGCAUUGCUGUUCUUAGCCGAGUCGAGCUUUAA